GAUCGACUCAAGUGGUAAUAUAGCUGGCUGCCAUGACACAGCUGUUGCGUCGCCAAGUUUGAAUGAGUGGCACAUAUGUGGAGUGUUGAGGGGCACACUUGGGCGCAGUUGUCAAUCUGUCAGCUGUGCGCACGCCUCCCAUUUCUCCAGUUCGCGUUUUGACCAUCAAGGCUUUCCGUAGAUGUGGUGUUUUUGUUUUGGCGCGGGACUGCAGGAGUUUAGUUUAGCCAGUGAUCAGUUUCAUUCAUUGUUUCCUUCAAUCUGUAUUUAACACUGUAAACAUGGACGAGGAUGUAGUACAAGGGCGAUCGACAGAAAACACUUCUAAUCAGGCUGCUGUCAACGACGACGUUUCGGCGAACACCAUAUAUAAAUGCGCCAGUUCAGCGCCGCGGGCGAAGAGACUGAAACUUUUCAACAAAGUCAUGGAAAAAAGCUUACAAAGGCUUGUAGCUGACGCUAGUUUCCACAGAUUUGCGCACUCAUUCCACCCAUUCUACAAGGAGAAUCCCCAGGUGACUAAAACGAUUCAUCAAGAGUUUGUCGCUAGUCUGCAAAAGAACAUACAGGAUGACAUCAACAGGGUGAUUGAGGAAGGUGAGCUGCAGUGUAAACUGGACGAGUUGGACACACUGUGUGACUCGGCGAAAGAGAACACUCAAGCUGCCUGGCGUCCCAGUGGUGUGCCAGAACAGGACAUCAGUAGUUUCCUGACUCCUUAUUAUAGAAAGCAGGAGCUCUACAUGAAGCGACAGCUGGAGAAGCUGCGUAAAGAGAAUGCCGUGCUGGCCGGGAAGGUGAGAGAGGGCCGCAGCGCCAUCACAAACACAGAGCAGCGCAUUGCAGCCGCUGUGGAAGACUGGAAGGCUUCUGUUGAAGAUCUGGGGACCUGUAUUUCUUCUCUUUGUCCAGAGGAGACCUUUGAGGGACUGUAAAUCUGAAAUAUUUUCUAAAAAGAAGCAGGAAAAUCUUUUGCUUUGUUGUAUAUUGUGUGUUUUUGUAUUUAUGUUUAAUAAACUUAGAUUGAACCCUUA